AUUGUCAAAGUUAGGGUUUCGUGCUUUUAGGCACUCAUCCCACAGGAAAGCCACAAAACCAUUGAAUUGAAAAAAAAAAAAAACCCUAGCACCCUCAACAUCCAACCUGCCCCUAGUUGAGGCCCUCUCUCUCUUUCUAGGGGCUCAAUGGAAAAAAGACCAGGCCUGCCCAGUCCUUCCUCCUCACCCCCCUGAUUUUUUAUUUUUCUUACAUCCCUCACAAUCCAAGAACCUCAACCCCCUGUAGCCUGUGUAGCCAGUUUUCUUCCUUCCAUAUUAACACUCGCACAUCUCCCCUCUGUUAAAUUUUUUUAUUUCAACCCCGCUGGGCGGUCGAAACCGCGCCACUAGAUGGGUGGCUCCGUCGACCGAGCGCCACGACCGUGACCUGCUCUACUCCGCCGCCACCUCGCCGCCCGCCGGCGGUCGAAGCCCUCUCCACAUAUUCGAAUUCGGAAUCGUCGUAAGCUUUUCUCUCUCUCAAUGGCUGGCUGGUCCCUCUUCUCGGAAUCCCUCUCCCUUGAUGUCGUCGACAUCCUCCACAAGCUUCAGAGCGUUGGCUUCUGCAGGGAUCUCGAUGUCCCCGUGAUAGAGCUUGGCGGGGAGAAGCUCGGCUCCCUCUUCGAUCAGAUGCUAUCGGUUUUCUUCAAGGAGAUCUACCAGAGGUGGGAGAUCCGGCCUCUGCCGCCGAUGCUCGGAGACGGGCGCCCGGUGGAUUUAUUUAAACUCUAUUCGGUUGUACGCGAGAAGGGUGGGUACAGCUCGGUGACAGAGAGCCAUCAGUGGGAAGCUGUGUCGGAGGUGAUCGAGUUGGACUCUGGAGUCGCCCCUUUGUUGAAACUAAUCUAUAUUAAGUAUUUUGAUGCACUCGAUCAGUGGCUUUGGAUAGUUUCGGAGAAGAAUUCAGUGAAGAAAUCGAAGGCCAAGGUCGGAGGCCUUCCGUAUGACGUUCCUAUUCAGAAAGUUGAGGAAUUUGGCUCUACGCCGCCUUCGAAGAAAGAUCAGUUCUUGACACCGGGUAGAGGGAAAGAGUGCAGAGAGCUGCUGCUUGCUAAUAGUGAGUGCGAUAAUGGUGAUAUGAUGGUUGAAGAAAUGGCCACAGAAAAUGGUGGGUUCUCUCAUCUUAAACGAAAGCGGGAGACUGUGGUAGGGAUGCUGAACUGGCUAAAAAAUUUGGCAAAGAAUCCCGGAGAUCCUUCUAUAGGAAAGCUAUUCUUGAAGGAUGGCGCGAAAAGUAAGGAGGCUUAUGCAUUCAAUGAACUCUAUGUGCAGGUGCUUCUGGCCAGGCAGGCAAUGUUUAUAAAAAUGAUCCAUCGCACUAACGGUUCUCUCGUGCAGAAAGGGCAGAAGGUGCAUCCUUCCAUUUAUGAUGAUUCUAUUUAUGGAGAUUCCCAGGCUAGAAAGAAAAUAAGAAGCAGCCAGAGGCUUCAAGCCAUCAACAAGCAAUAUAAUCUGGGCUAUUGUUUUGAUGCAUCCACACAUCCUGGCGAUGACAUGGAUGAGAAGGGUCUUAUGGCCGUGGGAUGGGAGAUUAGUGAUGUCAGACAAAGACUUCAAAAUCCCAGCUUGAUGCUUGAUGGAAUAGUUGACAUGCUAUCGGAUCAACUACAGAAGCAGCAGGUCCCUCUGGGUCCAUCAUUUCAGGCAGAUAUGCCAGAUUGGACUGGCAAGCCUUCUGAAACUUCUAGUGAUCCUGAAACCUUGAAAUGGUUGGGGACACGGAUUUGGCCUCCAGAAAAUCAAGAGAAAAGGCUGUCAUUCAGUCAAAAUCUUAUUGGAGAAGGAAGGAAAGAUACCUGUCUUUGUGAUCGUCCAGGUUCUGUAGAGUGCAUUAGAUUUCAUGUUGCAGAGAAGAGGUUCCAACUGAAACAUGAACUGGGUCUAGUUUUCUAUGCUUGGAGAUUUGAUCGCAUGGGCGAGGAAGUUUCCCUUUCAUGGACAGAGGAAGAGGAAAGGAAGUUCAAGGACAUCGUGCGCCAGAAUCCACCAUCUCGAGCAAAGAACUUUUGGGACCAGCUUUAUCUAUGUUUUCCUUUUAAGGGGAGGAAAAAUCUAGUGAGCUACUACUUCAAUGUGUUUCUUCUUGGACGCAGGAGUUACCAGAACCGGGUGACUCCAAACAACAUUGACAGUGAUGAUGAGGAAUCAGCAUUUGGCACUUUAAGUAAUCGUUUUGGUCAUGGUGCAGUCAAGGUUCGUGAGCCUCAGUCUAUUGUCUGCGUUCUUAAUGAACAGUGUUUGGAUUUGGAUAAUGAUAUGGACACAAAUUAGAAUUCUAGGAUGGUGGUGUAAACUCGGAUCAUCAUAUUUGAUCUUCAGAGCAGCAAUUUUGACCAGAGAUGAUUAUUUUUGCUCUCUUGCUAUUAUGAUGAUGAUGAAAACUCUCAUAGAGGCUAAAUCUUGUUGUGGAUGGAGAUAUGUUUGUUCCGGAGAAGCAAAAGUGUGCAAAGAUUCCUACUGACAUGGUUGGCAUGAACUCAGGCAGAUUUGGAUUCUCCUGCAGUGUUGGGAUGAUAGCAGCCAUUUGGGUACAUACUGGCACACAGAGGCUGUCGAGUGUAGACUGUACCUUCAUUUUGACCUCAAGCACCAAGUAAACUUGUCCUAGAAGUGGCAGCAUAAUCUUCAAGGUUUCAUCAUACUUAAAUUCCUUGUGUUUUUUCACUUUUUUUAUCUUGUCCUUAAAAUGCUUAGUGAAAAUCAUAUACACAUGCCAUUGUGUCAAAGGAUAAUCAGUCUAGUUCUUUUCCUCCGUAAAGCAUAUAUCCUCCAA